GAUCAACAUUUUUUGCUCCUCCAUAAUUUGAUCGUAAAUUGGAAUCGACCGUACCCAAUCUUACCCUAAACAACCCUUUUCUUCCUCAUUCAGUGGUUUUAGAUCUCCUACUCGACUGAAAACCUUAGUCACUGUCAAAUCGUUUCAUUUUCCGAAAAUGGCUUUAUUCUUUCGUCUUCGAAUUCACUUUCUGACCGGAAACAGGCGCUGCUUCUCCACAAUCCUCUCUCCGGGUUCCACCACCCCACUCUCCUCCAAGGAGAAAACCAGAGUCGCGCUUUCUCUUCUAAAAUCCGAACAAAACCCAGAAAGGAUCGUUGAAAUCUGCCGGCAAGCUUCUCUAACACCUGAAACUCACUUGGAUCGGAUCGCCUUCUCCGUUGCAAUCUCCAAGCUUUCUAAAUCCAACAAUUUCUCCUACAUCCAGCAGUUCCUCGACGAUCUCCGCUCGUCCCGCGCUGACCUUCGCUCCUCCGAACGAUUCGCGGCCCAUGCCAUUAUCCUAUUCGGCCAGGCGAACAUGAUUGACCACGCUAUCCGCACCUUCCAAGAGUAUCACGCUGAUGUUGUUGGUUCUGGAACUGGGUCUGUUAAGGCUCUAAAUGCUCUGCUGUUUGCUUGUAUUUUGGCUAAGAAUUAUGGGGAGGUGAAGAGGAUUUUUCUCGAGUUCCCUAAGUCUUAUGGUGUUGAACCGAAUUUGGAUACUUAUAAUAAGGUUAUCAAGGCAUUUUGUGAGUCUGGGAGUUCCAGUUCUGGUUAUUCCGUUUUAGCAGAGAUGGAUACGAAGCGGGUGAAGCCAAAUGCGACCACUUUUGGAAAUUUGCUUGCUGGGUUUUAUAGAGAGGAGAAGUUUAAAGAUGUAGGGAAAGUAUUGGAAAUGAUGAAGGAGAAAUAUGGAAUUCUCCCUGGGGUUAGUACUUAUAAUAUUAGGAUUCAAAGUUUGUGUAAGCUCAAGAGAUCUGCUGAGGCGAAAGCUUUAUUAGAUGAGAUGUUGUCUAGGAAAAUGAAGCCCAAUUGUGUUACUUAUAAUAAUUUGAUUCAUGGGUUUUGUUGCGAAGGGAAUUUAGAGGAAGCGAAGAGACUGUUUAACAGUAUGAUUCAUAGAGGAGGAAAACCGGAUGCUGAUUGUUAUGUAAGGUUCGUCCACUACUUGUGUCAAGGUGGGGAUUUUGAUACAGCAUUGAGAAUUUGUAAGGAGAGCAUUGAGAAGCGAUGGGUUCCGAAUCUAGCGACUAUGAAGUCACUGGUGAACGGGCUUGCUGGUAUUGGUAAGGUGGCAGAGGCAAAGGAGCUUGUUGGGCAAAUGAAGCAGAGAUUUACGAAGAAUGUCAAUAUUUGGGAUGAGAUUGAAGCCAGUUUGCCGCAGUAGGGGAGGGGACAUUUAAACAUUGUUUUUAUUUUCUUGAUAAGACCAUGAAGUUAGAAGAUCAGGGAUGGAGCUGUUGCAUAAUGCCAAUGCAUUUCUCAUUAUCAUUGAGUUGAAACUACCAGGAUUAGAUAUCUGAGUGAAAUUGUGAAGAAAAAUAUUGAUUUUCAACCUAUUUUUCUCCAGAAGAUGCAAUCAUAGAAGUAAAUCCCUCUCCCAGGUCACUGGUGUUUGCCUAAAGGGUGUUAACUGAUCAGUUUUGGUCAAUGGAUUAUUGGCCAUAGGCUCCUGCCUUGGAUACAGGUUCAGCUACUCGUAGACCAACUCAUUGAUGUGUUCAUGGAUCCACUGGGCAUAGGUGAAAGCAUUGGAUGUUAAAUUCGUAUUGUUUAGUAUAUUUUGCCGAAGACUUCAUUACCAAUUACCAGUGACAUUCUCCUGCAUUCGCUAUGAAGUUAAGACGACCAUAAUCUAUUAAUCAACAACCAAACCAAUUGAUUGUA